CGUGACUUGACAAAACGAACCUUGCCGAGCCUAUAGAUCCCAAUGAUAUAAGCUCACGUGAGCUUCAAGGCCAGACCUCCUUUUGCUGGGUCUACGAUAUAUAGACUCUCCCACCUAGGUAGCCGGGUCUGCGUCGUUGAGAUGACGAGCUAUACUUUGACCAAGGGCGCACCAUCCAUCACGGUUUUCCCCUCUCACAAGGUCUCCAAGGUCAACCGGAAUCUCUAUGCAGGCUUUACUGAGCACAUGGGCCGUUGUGUCUACGGCGGCAUCUUUGACCCGUCCAACUCCAAUGCAGACUUGAUCGACUCUAAUGGUUUCCGAAGAGACGUGAUUGAAGUUUUGCGACCGCUCAAAAUCCCCGUCUUCCGUUAUCCCGGUGGCAAUUUCUGUGCAACUUAUCACUGGCAAGAUGGAAUCGGACCCAUUGAGAAACGACCAUCAAGACCAGAGCUGGCGUGGGGAGCCAUCGAGACGAAUCAUUUCGGCACCGACGAAUUCAUCAAGUGGUGCAAAGCAGUCGAUGCCGAGCCAUAUAUCUGUCUCAACUUUGGUACGGGGACACUGGACGAAGCCAUGGCAUGGGUUGAGUACUGCAACGGCAAGCUUGACACCUACUACGCCAACUUGAGACGCAACAACGGUCAUGAAGAGCCUUACAAUGUCAAGUACUGGGCACUCGGAAAUGAGAUGUGGGGUCCGUGGCAAAUUGAGCAGAUGACUCAAGAAGCGUAUGCACAGAGGGCAGCGCAAUGGGCCAAGGCGUUGAAGUUGCUUGAUCCGAGCAUCAACUUGGUCCUAUGCGGAAAAGAAGGUGCGACAACAUGGGAUCAUUACGUCCUCACUCAUACUCUACAACCAGCUGGUCUCAGCGACUUGGGUGAGACACAACACCCUCUGAUCGACAUGCAUAGCAUCCACUUGUACACAGCAAGUGCAGACCACUACGAGAACGUCACUGCUCCAUUGGCAGCAGAACGGAAUAUCGAAGCUUGUUCAAGCCUCAUAGAUCUAGCCAUCAUCGAGAACAAGAUCCCUCCCGGUCAGAAAAGGCCCGGAAUCUGCUUCGACGAAUGGAACGUGUGGUCACCAACCAGAGCCCCCGGAAGCAAAGGAGCGGAAGAGGUCUAUACGCUUUCCGAUGCUUUGGCUGUCGCCGUCUGGCUCAAUGUCUUUAUUCGCCAAUCAAAGCACGUGGAGAUGGCAUGUAUUGCCCAAAGUGUCAAUGUGAUCAGCCCUUUGAUGACCACACCAACCGGCAUUAUCAAACAAACCACUUGGUGGCCGUAUGAGUUGUUUUGUAGAUUCAUGAAGGGUCAUGCAAUUGCAGUACAAGUUGCCUGUGAUUUUUAUGAGGGACCGACGAGACCCGAGUGGCUGAGAGCCGUCAAGCAAACGCCGUACCUCGAUGUCAGUGCAACUAUCUCGGAUGAUGGAUGGGUCAGCGUGGCCGUGGUGAAUAUGCAUCUGGACCAGGACAUGGAAACUACCUUUGCUGGCCACACGGACUGCUCUUCGAUCCAAGUAUUUACAGUCACAGGACGUGAUGCCAAAGUUUCCAACAUGGGGCCGAAUGAAGAGGUCAAGAUUCAGGAAUCCAAAUGGCAGGAUAAGAAUGGAAAGUUCCUAUUCCCCAGGAUGUCUUUGGUUUUGCUCCGGUGGUUGCUCUAGGGAACACAAGCCCUGUCUAGAACGAAACUCAUGUGGGAGAUAUUUCGAACCCUGUUGCCACCCAAAAAUUCACUUAGCCCCACAAUCGUGUCGCUUCUCGGACAAUGUCUUGAACACUCAAAGGCGAAAGAGUCAGAUACUCGUUCCCCGUUGGAACGAUGCCCUCAUCAACCAGAUUACUGCCGUAUCCUCCAAGAAAGAAUCCUGCCUUGACCAGGGUCAAGGCUGCAGGUCCCUUCUUUUCCUCUCUCCAAAUCUUUUGCGACUCAGGGAUUACACUGUCCGGGUCGAUAUUGGUGACGCGGUACUUGACUUUCUGAACACUCUCAAGGAUCUGGAUUAUCUCGUUCUGGCUGGCCUCAAAAGCUCGGAUCGGCACCACUUUAUUUGCACUGACUUCUCCCGCGAGGAUAAUCUGGACGAUACCUUCGGCGGCCCAUGGCAAAGUGGUCCAGGAAAGCUUAUGGUCGCCCUUUGCCCAAACACUUGCAGUAUGGGUUCGAAGAUUGAUGUUGGCGAAAGCGAUGUCAGGGUUUAGAGCCCUAGGAUUUAGGUUAAGCCACAAACACGGUAUGAUAGAGGUUUCAAGAUACUUACCAGUCCAACCACAGUCCAGUUGGUAUCGAAGUCCACGUCAAUCCCUCGAGCUCUUUCUCUUUCAGAAGGUCCACAAUGGCACCCUUGGCGUCAAAAACGGGGCAAAGAUCUCUCGCUGCUUGGUACGUGUUGUUCACUCCGUACUCGGAAGGAAGAAACCGACGGACUUUGGCUUCAAUAGCGGCAUCGAUCAAUUUUGUCUCCAGCUGGAUGGCGCCAAAACCAAUCGCAGACACGAGGACAUCCUGGCCUCGAAGAACUUCGACGAGCCGCUCGUGUGGAAGCUCAUCCUCGAUAUAAUGGACUUUUGCUUCAGAGGCAAAGGUGGAUUUUGAAGACUUUCGGGCAAUGAUCGAGACUGUGAAGAUACCAGGUCUUGACAAUAGCGCCUUGACCAGAUGGUGACCGAUGUUGGUACCACCGGCACCGAAGACAGUGACUUUAUUGAAUGGCUUUGCCGACGACAUGAUGAAGAUUUCUGGUUCCGACAGUGACCGGAUGGCUGGAGAGAUUCCAAAGGCGAGGAGAGGCUAGAAUUUGUGGUAGUAGUCAGUUUAUGCAAAUUCAUAUACACAAUGACGCCAAUUGACGUGUCAUGCACUACAGCAGGCAAUUUCGCAACGUAGGAAACUACCCAUACUUU